AUGUCAAAAUUCAGACAAGAAUUAAAAACCAUAGAAAUAAUACCAAAUUUGACGGGUGUCAUAAUAUUUUGUGUAGCAUUUGCAAUUCGUUUCAUUCUUUUCCAAUUUUCUAAUAUCACUGAAACUUUGGGAAGUCGAGUUGAAAUUGUAACGCCUGUAACAAGUUUUACCCGACUAACUGAGGGUCUUUACUUAUUCGAUAAUGGCGUUCCACCAUACGAUGGCGGAGCUUUUCAUCAGGCUCCAUUAUUUCUCGCAUGCUUCCAGCUACUUAGUUACCUUCCAAACAUAUCAAUACCGUUGACUUAUAUAAUAACAGAUUUACUCAUAGCUUAUCUUUUAGCGGAUAUAACACGAAUAAAGCAACAUUUGUAUCAAGAUUUUCCACGUAUAGAUGUAGAAUUAGAAGAGGGAAAGCCAAAGGAAAUUGAUCCGUGGAUAGUUUCUGGAUUAUAUCUUUUUAAUCCAUUGACAGUUGCAUCAUGUCUCUCUCAAUCAACUCUUUUAUUCACGAAUCUUUCAAUUGUUCUUGGAACGUAUUAUUCUCUUAAAAGAUUAUUAAUUUUAUCUUAUCUUUUAGUUGAUUCAUGGGAUUUUAUGCAGUCUACAUAUGGAAUAAUCCUUUUUUUAUCAGAUUUAACUCCAAACAUUGGUUUAUUUUGGUAUUUCUUUAUUGAAAUGUUUGAUCAGUUUCGAAGCUUCUUUCUGGUUGUAUUUCAGUUGCAUGCAUUUAUUUUUGUUGUACCAAUAUCUAUAAAGUUCAGAAAUCAUCCAUUGUUUGUUGUAUUUCUUUUGAGUGGUAUUAUGGCUGUGUUUAAAUCUUAUCCAUCAAUAGGGGAUGUAUCACUUUAUCUUGCUUUUCUUCCUAUUUAUUCAGAAAUUAUAAAAUGUAGUGGAAAUGCAAAUUUCUUUUAUGCUAUUACUUUAGUAUAUACUGUAGGAAAUAUAAUUUUGCUAGUUGAUGCUACUUAUUCAAUGCUUAGAAGAGAGUUUGAUAUUUGGAAUCCUGAGUUAAGACAUU